AGGCUUGCUCUUGCCUGGUGUCUGAGACUACAAGAUGUCAGUAAUCGUGCAUCCUUCCACUGGACACAGUGCUUGCAUACUCUAGUGUGUGAUUUUCUAUUGAUGUACAGUGACAUUGACUCUACAGUGACAUUUUGUAGAACAUUAUUGCAAUGGACAGACAUUACAGACUACAUGGUACCUUUACUGCAGCCUUAUAUUUCAUAGCAAUACUGAGGCCCAGAAAUUAGCCUCACGUUUUGUUGUUCACGGCCGUUAGGAUGCCAGAUGAGCUGAUUCGAUGAAGGUUAAAGUGCAGGUGAAAUGUUUCUGCAUGAAUGGGCUACGGUUAUCAAUUUUUCUUUCACUUAAAGUGUGAUAUCACUUUAAUGUGACUCCUUUCCUUAAUACUUUAAUUGUUCUUAUUUGCCGGGUUUGUUUUCUUUGAUUGGAAGCGAACUGGUCAUGGGACGCUUGUUUCUGUUUGCCACUUUCUUUGCCAAGCUUGUCUAAUGUUUGUGUAUUGGCAUUGGACUUUCUUUGUCGUUCACUUUCCUUGUCUUGCUUCUCUAACCUCCUCAACAGUGCCGGCGGAUGCAGCCUUCCGGGAUCAUUGGGACAGUGAGAGCGACUCCUUUUCCCCAAGAAGCGAACUGGUUGGGUCGCAACCCACGACGCGGCCACGAUAUAAGGGCAUGUACCACUGCGAGUUCUGCCCUUACUCCAGUUGUCAACCGGGUAAUGUCACCGAUCACGAAAGGAUACACACGGGAGAGAAGCCUUUCCACUGCCCUGUCUGCGAGAAAGCGUUUGCUCGAAUCUGUAACUUACAGAUUCACAUGAGGACCCACACAGGGGAGAAACCAUUCCGUUGCGAGGUUUGCCAGAAGGCGUUCACCAGAAGUCAUCACCUGAUGAUUCACAAAAGAGUUCAUACGGGCGAGAAACCGUACCAGUGUGGCACCUGUGAGAAGGAAUUUUCACAUAGAUCCAGCUUGUUGCAUCACGAGAGAAGUCACAGUAAGGAGCGGCCUUAGAAGUGUAUAGCCUGUGGGAAAAUGCAUAAACCGAGUUGCUAUCUAAAUUGCCAUCGGAAAAAAACACACAAGUGAGGGACCUGCGUUAUGCAAUAUCUGGAGGUAUGAAAGUACUCCUUCACGUUUUACCGUGCACUUUACUGUCUGUCUGUGAUCUGUUCAAAUGAAGUUAAGGAAUACAGGCAUAUUUAUCAGUUCUAAACAUUAUCAGUUACAAUUAGGCAACAGGACAGUACAGCUAUGUAGAAUGUUUAAUACAGUUUAGCAGCUUUUAACUUCAGGAUGUUUGUCUUAGGAUGAUGGACAAGCUACUUUUAACUGUUCCUUUUGAGUGGAUAAAGAUCAAGUGGUUAAUUAUGCACCUUGAAUCCUAUGUAUGGAUUUCAGAGAUGACAUUUUGAAAUGUGGUUCCUUUGAAGUUUUCUGGAUUUGCAUGCAUUUUAACCUAGCUUUUUUCACUUCACUCUAGUUUGAAUUUUGUUCCUGAGAUUGUAAAAAGAAGUGUGACGGGUACUGUACUCCUUGAUUUUUUGUGAAUUCAUUGAAUUGCAAAUAAACUACUUUCCCCUACAAGGCAUUGCCUUGCUGUUGAUGAGCAUUCUGCAAUCAACAAGC